AUGACAAGUUUACCCGGCUUCACCACAAACUUCCCCGCGGGAUACCCGACCUUUCAGACUCGCGGUGGAACUUUUGCGCGCGGCAGCACCUCCUCAGGAGGCUCGCCAUCUGUCCCAACCGCCUCGUCUGAGCCGCACUUCGACAUCUUCGACUGGCACCCUGCAUACCAGAGCUGCCAACGCUAUUUCCUCGACCAUGCGCAGCACGACAACGGUGUGCAGGCAGUGUGCGCCCUCAUCAACAUCUGUCUGCCUUUCCAAUGGACGCAAACUCCCCUCAUGAACGCCUCAGGACCGCUGCCUCACUCGUCGGGCGCUGCUGCAUACAACAUGCCCUGGCCCCGCCAAGGUCCCGUCACCAAUUCGCGAGGCCAGCCGGCGCCGGCAUGGGUCUCCCUUGUGCCCUUCAUUCGACGUCUUGUCAUCACCGGAAUGGACAGUCCAGGCAUUAUGCACGGCUUCUUUGGCGAGGACUGGAGGAAGGGAGUCGGCCCAAUGCACGAGUGUGAGCGUCGCAACUACCUUUUUGCAGCCAAGAGUGUGGGUUGGGCAAAGGUCAAGUGCCAGUACGACAUGUCACCGCACGAGUCAGUGCCUUUCCUGAAGCCAUUGCAGGAGGUCCAGCUGGCCGAGAUCGAGGGGGCCGAAAAGACGUGGAGUCAGUGGCUCGCCAUGGAGGACUGGAUGGUGGGCCCACGGGCACCGGAUGCGGACGACCAGCUACAGGAUGCCCGUCGCCGUCCAUCUUGA